ACAAGUGAGGAGUAUAAGCACGAGCUCUACAAUGUUGUUAAGUUCAGCAUUUCGGACGAGCUUUUCAGUGAAACCUUAAUAGUCAUUCGUGUUUCAAACGUUGCGUCAUGAAUUUCUUAACUUUUAUUAUAUACUUAAUAUUUAUUUGUAAUACUUAUAAAGCAUGGUCAAUGAGUUAUGAUCAACUUAAAGGUGUUGAUAAAAAUAUAUUAACGACAGCUUGGAGAUUUAUUUUACCUCGAAAAAUAUUUGAAGAAAAACUUUUUGAUUAUGGUAUAAAUAAAGAAAAUAUGAAUACAGUUUUUACUACCUUCAAAAGAGCAGAAUCUCCAUUAACACCCUAUGAAAGCAUAACAGGUGUUAUGGGUGAUUUAAAGCAAUUUUUUGAUAAUAUUAAUACAAGUGUAAAACAAUUGAAAAGUAAUGAAAAGACCAAUAAUAAAAUCCAGCAAAAAGAUGAAGCUAAGGCAAUAGUGAUGUAAUUAUGAAGUUGCGUUUGUGAUGCCCAACAAAAUUUAGAGAUUGAAAAUUAAAAGAUAAAACAAAUCUAACUGAACAAUUUUAAUAUUUUUGAUUUAAUAAUAUCAAUUCAUUAUAUUUUUUUAAGGACUUAGGAAUUCUUAACUAUGUUAAAAGCAUAUUUUUUAUAAUUAGUCUCUAAUAAGAAAAACAAAUUUUUGUUAAUUUACAAACUUUAAAAAUUGUAACAUGGAUGGAAUUUAUGUUAUAUGUCAUAAAUAUUUAUUAUAAAUAUAUACCAGUACACUUGAUAUACAUAACAACGUUAAUUAUUUUUGAAUUUAAUAAAUACCAACUUAAUUAUUCUGGAUAAUGUGUUGAUGGCUAGUUAAUUAAACUGUCAAUGACAUCAGAAAAUAAAAUCGAAAAUAAUAGCUAGUUUGUUAGCUUAGCUUAUUUGAGAUGGAAUUUUAAAAGUCUAUAUUUAUUUGUAUAACACUUUAGGGCCUAAAGUGGUAUAAAAAUAGGCUUGAGUUAAGUAAUUAUAAAUAAUAAUAUAGAGAGUAAAAUAAUGUAACUCAGUAACAGCUUAAUUAUCUGCAUAAUGCUUGAAAUAUAAGUUUGUCAUGUUUAUUUUCGUUAUCAAUAAAUGUAUAGGUGAUUGGAUAAUGGUUAAGACAUAAAAAUCAUGUUUUAACUUUUUAAAACGAUAGGUUUUUAAAAUCUUAAAAUUUUUGUUUAUACCUUGUAAAAAGAAAUAUUAGUAUUUUAAUCAUAUUAUGUUCAAGUAUCAAAUUAAACGCUUGUUUACUAAAAUAUAUAAAGCCACUCUGUAUGAAACUUUGUGUAAUUGGAUUUCAGAUAAGCUCCUUUCUAGGUAUAAAAUAUAAUUGAACAGUAGUUUGUACGUGUAAUCCGUUAGACCCAUCAGUUCUAAAAUAAAUGGUUUUUGCAUCACUAGAUGUUAGGCAUUUCUAUUAAUAUAUUACUUUAUUAAUUAUACUAUACAUCAUUUUAGAUAACCUGAUUUGAAUAAGCCUCUUUAGUUUUUGGAUAUUACAUUGUAGUUACUAUUAAAAUUAAAAAUAUUAAUUUAAAACUAAAAAAAGCUGUAGCACAGUGUGGACGUGACAUAGUUGAGACAAGUAUAGAUGUUGAUUGAUAGUGUUUAAAAUUAUUGUCAUAAGAAACGCUUCGAUGCGAAUCUGUAGUUAAUGUUUAAUUUAAAAAAUUGAUUGAUUAUUCCAAAAGCUAAAUGAUCUCCUAUUUCCUAAUUUAUAUCCUGAUUACAAAUUUUAUG